UCUCUACGAAUUUUUGUGUGCGCCCUGUUCCCUCCUCCUCCUCAGUCCCCCUACUAGCCGUCGCGUCGGCCGUCAUAUUUUCCUGAAGGAAAUUCCUCCGUCGACGCGAUGACACGAAAAAAGCUCUAUCACAAAAUCAACGAUAAUUGAGUAUCGUAAUUUCUCAAAUAUAACAUAGUUCAUUUUUUAAUUUAUUUUGAUGCGAAAAAACAAAUUCGCGAGAUAUUUGUGUGUUUCGAUAAAAGCAGAAUGCUUCGGAGUUUGACGACACGAGAAAAGAAGCAAGACAGGAGCAAAAUCCGGACGAAGGAGUUUUCCUCAUUUUCGCGGUAACACGUUUUUUUUACACAUUUUGUUUUCAUUUCCCCCCUCCCUCGAGACGGAAUAUCGAAGAAUAUUUUCUGAAGUUUCCACACUGAAAAAUUGAGGAUUUUUCAAAGUAGAAACUAAAUAUAUUCACCAUCAUGGCAACUACCAAUGAAGAACCUCUCACUCGAGAAUUGAGGGCUGAGAUUGAAAGACUCUCCCAAGAAUUGGAUCAAGCCUCCACCGAAAAAAUACAAUCCGCUCAGUACGGACUUGCUUUGCUCGAAGAAAAAUGUACUCUUGAACAGAGGUGCGGUGAACUCGAGGGCCUCUAUGAGACUGCUCGACACGAACUUGAAAUAACUCAAGAGGCUUUAGCAAAGUUUCAAACAACCACCAAACUCACCACAAAAAGUGGCAUCGAACAAGAGGAAAGUUUACUUUCGGAAAGCGCUGCACGAGAAAAUUUUCUUCAAGAUCAUAUAUUAGAAUUGGAGAAUGAAGCAAAACAGCUGCGUCACGAGUUGGAGCGAGUCCAAGCGGAACGUGACAAUGCGUUGCAGGAUCGCGAGGACGUUGGCAAGGACCAUUUGCAAGCGGAAUCUGAGAGGAAGAGUCUUCGAACAGAGUUGCGAGAAUGUCGUUUCCGGGAAACUCGUUUGCUGCAAGAUUAUUCGGAGCUCGAGGACGAGAAUAUAUCGUUGCAGAAGCAAGUAUCGGGUUUGAGAUCAAGUCAGGUUGAGUUUGAGGGAGCAAAGCACGAGAUUCGUCGGUUGACAGAAGAAGUUGAACUUUUAAAUCGGCAAGUUGAAGAAUUGGCGAUUUUGAAAAAAAUCGCGGAGAAACAAAUGGAAGAAGCGUUGGAAUCUUUACAAGCAGAACGAGAAGCGAAAUACGCCCUAAAGAAAGAGCUCGAUCAACGCAUGAACAGCGAGUCAAUUUACAAUUUGAGCAAUUUGGCACUUUCGAUAAGAGGGAUAACGGAAGAUCCAACGCUCUGUAGCGACGGCGAGGACGAUUCACCGGCUCUACGGAGGAUCGAAGCCGAUCUCAAAACCCAAGAACCCGGAACUUCAACCGCCGGCAAACAAGUCGAUCUUUUCUCCGAGAUCCACCUGAACGAGCUCAAAAAGCUUGAGAAACAACUCGAACUCGCCGAAUCUGAAAAAUCUGUUCUCACUCAAAAUCUACGAGAAUCACAACACGCUGUUGAAAAGAGUCAAGGGGAAUUGCAAUCUUUCGUUGCUCGCAUCGUUCAACUCGCAGCUCAUGUUCAAUCUCUUCAUCAUCUGCACUCCAAAUUGCCUGAAAAACAGACUGAAGAAACUGCUCUCGAUAAACUCUCACAGGCUGUUGUACAAUAUCAUCAAUGGAGCACAAUGUCAGCACGACAAGUCGAGCAGCUUCAAAACGAUUUGGCAGAACUCGAGCGAGGUUUGGCCGUAUCUGAUGCGACUCAGCAAUUAAGGACCGAAUUGACGAAUAUCAGGAAUCAGUUGAUGGACGCGGAGUACAAAAACUCUCAGCUGGAAUCGGACAUCGAGAUUUUGUCGAAAAUUGCUUCGGAGGCUGGGGGCUCUCUGGAUUCGGCGCAAAACGACUUGCAAAAUAUUUCGGAGGAGCUGGCACAGCUGUAUCAUCACGUCUGCACCGUCAACGGAGAAACUCCAUCGAGAGUCGUUCUCGAUCACGAGAAAAUCGUUCCAUCGAAACAGCAGGAAAACGAGGAAACCGAGGGCGCCGAAAACGAUGGAAAAAUCGAAUGGUUCAAAACUAUUUCGAAAACUGACUUACCCAUCAAAGAUCUCGAGGGACUCAGCAAAGCCAAAGAGAUUAGCAGACACAUCGAAACUGCCAUGGAUCAAAUCAAACAUCUCAGAAGUGCCGUCGAACAUACGAUCGCCAUGUCCAAAAAAGGCAAUCAAACCAAUGUAUCCAACGACUUGGAGUCAUCGGGUAACGGAAACAAAGCGAAUGACGAGACUGACCUGCAAGAGCAGGUGAUCAAACUGAAAGCUCUGCUGUCGACGAAACGCGAGCAAGUAGCUACGUUGAGAACGGUGCUCAAGUCCAACAAGGACACUGCGGAAGUCGCACUGACGAAUUUGAAGAGCAAGUACGCCAGUGAAAAGAGUAUCGUCAGCGAAACUAUUUCCAAUUUGCGAAACGAGCUCAGAAGAUUGAAAGAAAAUGCUGCUACUUUUUCGAGUUUGCGGGCGAUGUUCGUUGCUCGUUGCGAGGAAUACGUUACUCAGGUUGACGAGCUGCAGCGACAACUCGCAGUCGCGGAGGAAGAUCGUAAAACAUUGAAUCAUCUUCUACGUUUGGCUGUACAACAAAAACUCGGGCUUACGAUGAAACUCGAAGAAUUGGAAGUCGAUCGGGAACUCAGGAACACGAGGAGGCACGCUUCCGGAGGGAAUACACGGGGCAGACCGCGAAUGACCCAACAAACUAACCGUCCUCACAUGGGACGAGAUUUCUUCUAGAAGAUGCUAAGGAUGUGGAGCAAGAUCUUUUAAACUAAGGUUCGACCAAUUUUCUCACGGUGCUUCUCGACUUUUUGAACGGUCUCGAGGCUCUUUGAGAAUUUAAGAAAUAAAAAGCUGGAAAAUGGUUCAAACUUUCAAGAUUUUCCAAAAUCUUGGCUCCAUGUCUCUCAUCAUCUUCAAAGAAUCCCGAGCCCUCUGUUAUAGAAUGUCAUCGUUCGAGCCGAGACACCAAAUAAGAACUUUUCCGAAUUGAAAAAAAACACACACAUACGAUUGUUCAUUAUUUUCUGCAAUUUUCGAGUUAUCAAUUAUUUGAAAGCUUGUAUAAAAAAUUAAAGAAAAAAUGAGCAAGUCUUUCGGUUUUUUUCCUCAAUUCGGUGAGUAUUCGAAUGAUAUUUUGUUUCUAAUACUUAGACGCGCGAUGUGUAGGCUCGGUGAACGAUUGAAAUAUAUUUGACGAAAAUUUCCAUCGAGACGACAGAAAGAAGGGACUAGAAAAAAAUUGAGGGGAGUCGAGUGGUUUUUUUUGAGGGCUCGCCUCGCUCAAUAUUUAAUGGGAAUUCCGCGACAUUUUUAUGUCAAAGUGUACGAUGGAUAAUCGUCCGCAUGAAAAAAUAUGAAUUUUUACGUUGAAACACACACACACGUAGACAAUAUUUAUAAGUGACAAGUAUGAGAAAAGAAGAAAAAAAAUAAGCAAGUAGGAUUUGUAAUCGAUUUAAUUGCAUAGAAGGAAAAAGGAUGAUUAAUUAAUGUUGACGGUGUACGAGAUUAAAUCGGUGAUAGAAAAUUAGAAGAAACAAAAGUAACAUAAAAUAAAUUAGAUGAUAAUCGAGCGGUUGGUAGACGUCUCGAUUGCCGGCUCGUCCAUAAUAUAGAAUUUUAGAACUUUUAUAUACUCAAGAAGAUUAAAAAGAAAAUAAUAAGAACAGGAAACAUUCUUAGAUGUCUCGUCCACCAAACCUUGGCAACUUUCCGUCGAUUUUCUCGCGGACUCCUCUCUCUCUCUCUCUCUUUCUCUCUCUCCGUCUCUUUCAUUAUAAAUUAUUUAUAUUAGGUUUACAAGAAAGAAAGAAGAAAAAGAGAACAGAAAAAUCGUACAUGCGUCCAUUAAUUACUGAGAAGCAAUUGUAUAUUUAUUCAUUUUAAUGUCCAAUCUGUUGAAUUUCGUUUUGUUCUUAUUUAAUCAUAAUUCGGCCUAAAUGGGCUACGAAAUCUUGUAUUUUAAUCAACGUUUAUUCUCAGAUGCGUAUUAUUGUUUAUACAAUUUAUGUUAUUUAAAUUAAGUAUUAUUAGAUUCGUUUUUAUGAAAUCGUUUAUCCGUCUCGUUCAAUGGGCAACUAUCUAAUUUGCAAGAUAAAGCGCCGCCCACGAAAUUUCAAUAUCCCUGACCGUCCCUUUUCAAAUCGAGAAAAGAAACGAUAAGACUCGAUUGUCUUUGAAUGAUUAUUGAAAAGAAAACAAAGAAACCGAAUUUUUGUCAACGCGGCAACGUCCAAUAUCAAUGUAUGGCCUUGCAAGUUGUGGCAUUGAGAAUUCUCCGAUUUUUACGUCCUGCAAUAUUAUUGUAAACGAAGAUCGACGAUUCUCGUCAUUUCGGACGAAACUAUCCAUUUUGUUCGAUUUCAAAAAGCAUGCAAAUCAAUGAGAACGCGUUUCGAUAUAACGAGAAUCAACGACCCCCCGUUUUCGUCAGUUAAAUAAUAAAUGUUCGUGUUCUUUGGAAAUGAAAAAAAAAAAAAAAAAAAAAAAAAAAAUACAAAAAAGUAUAAUAAUGUGUCGUUGUCGCAAUUCGCUUUGGACAUGAACUUUGUUACUCGUAUUAUCGAUAUCAGUAUGUCGAAUUGUAUUGUUGAAGCAUUAUCUGGAUAAUAUAUUAUAAUUAUAUACAAAUUUAGGCGCAUUGCGAAUAAGGCAACAACUGCGAUCGAUUAUUUCGAUUGUGAUAACGCGCGCGCGCGUUUUUGUUAUUUUAUCGAAGAAAAGAAUGAGCAGAGGACGACUUUGAAAUCCUCUCGGUCCAUUAUGAAACUUACGAAUUAUAAAGAGAGACGAUUUCGUACUUUUGUUCGUUUAAAAAAUGCUUUUUCCAGUCUCUACUAACACUUUUCACGAAUAAAGCACGUUAACUAUAUUUUUCUUAUGUUUUAUGAUUUUUUGUUUGUUUUUUUCACGUUUUCACAUGUGUCGUAACGCGAAAUGUGCAAAAAUUCGACGCAGUUGACACAAUUUCUCGUUUCCUUCGUGUAAUUGAAAAUAUAUCCAUUCGAUGCGGCUAUAAAAAGAGGAUUCGAUUGAAGAAGCAUUUCAAAAUUAUUCAAAAGAUUCUCUCGAGGAUCAAUAAACUGGAAAAGUAUCGUAGGCGAAUAUUUGUUUCGUUGAAAUCGAUAGAAAUACCCGAAAGAAAAAAAAAGUCGGUGAAAGGAAAGAAACGAAUGAGCGAAAACGAAAACGAUGAAGACUUGAUUCAGGAUAUAUUUUCGUUAUAAAAAAAAAGGUUUAAAAUGCACAAAAGUCCAAAAACCGAGCCAGUCUCAAUGGACCACCGUCCCUGAUACCCUUCCUUUCGGACGAGCAUCGACCGAGAAAGCGACGCCAAAAUAUGUUUCGUUUGCCGGAGUGAUUAAGCGAUUGAACUCAAAAACGAUGAAACACUAAUGAAUUUAACGAAGCGUUUGAAUCCUCGCCUUUUAAUUGCCGUCCGCGGACGUGUCGCCUCGCAAAUCAAGUCCGCUUAUCCGGGAGUCCAAUUAAACGGGAAUAAAUUAGCCAAAACAAACAUCUCCCCCCUGCCGUUUAUUCCUCAAUAAUUUACAAUUUCUCUGACGAACAAGCGCCCAAAGAGGCCGACUUCAGAGGCCGGAAAAGCAAAAGUUCAUUAAGGACUCGUGCCUUUCGGUAAUCGUCCAAUAAAGUCCCCUCGAUUAAUCAUUUUUCUCACUAUUUCGAAAAUCAAAUAUUUUUUUAUAUAAAAUCAAUGGUAAGGCGAGCUACGAAAAUCUAUGAAAAAAAUAUCGACUGAUCUCUCGUCCGCUCAAUGCUUGUUGAAGAGCUCCAAUUGCGUCCCCAACGGCGUGUCCAUUUCUUCGUCGAUGAUUCGUUCGUGCGGUUUAGAUAACAAUGAUAAUAAAAUAUUAACAAUUUAUUCAACAAUUAUACACACAUAUAUAAAUAUAUUUAUAUAGGUUUCUCUCUAUACAUAUAAAUAUAUAUGAAAGCAUAUGCAGUGUAGUAUGUUAAAUAUUGGACUAUUGUAAGACACGUUAAUUCGAUUUAUUGGCCAUUUAUUUCGUCUCUGAACAAUUCGUCAUUGCGAUCAAUAACAAUUGCUUCUUUUCCCUCGGAUUUUCGAACAAGCAAUGCCAUUACAGACAUUUUUUUUCUGCCGAACCUUCGUAGGCAACGAUUCGAUUGCACGAUGCAAUUUAAAAUUUCAAUCGAAUUGGAUUAAAAUGUCAGAUAACUUAGAAAAAUCGAUUUAUGCGCAAUUGAAUUCAAUCAAUUCCUUGACACAUUGAAUUUCGAUGAAAUUAUACGGUGGUGGGAUCCGAGUUGUAAAUAUUGUAAAUGCAUAUUGGAGGGGUCGUAAACCUGAAAAUAUAUUAUCGAUUGUCGCAUUGGGUAUGGAAACUUGUAUUUUAUUUUUAAAAAAUUCAUCGGCACAUUAAUUCGCAGUUGUUCAAUCGAAUUUCAGCGACGAUCUAUCAUCGUUGUGAUAUAUUUUCACACGUUAAAAAGCUUUUUGAAAAGAAUCUUUUCAAAUGUCUCCAUUGAAUAAUUUCAUUUCUCUAGCACUAUCAUUAUCCUUCGAUUAUUAUUGUUGAUGUUCGUUGCUAUUCUUUUUGUAAUACGAACCAACGAGAAUAAAAUGUAACCAUUUGUAACGGCAA